CAACAACCAUGAUGCGAAUAGCGAUAGCAGGAUCUGGGGGAUUGGCAAGAACCUUUGUAGCUCAUAUCCUUGAGACAGCAAAUAUUUGUCUUGUGUUGUCAAGAGAGCCACAACCCGAUCUCGAAGGACCUGAUUGUCAAGUCGCCGUUGUCGAUUAUGAUGAUCAAGACUUACUUCGAUUCACGCUGAGAGGUGUUGAUGUUGUCAUCUCUACUGUCUCCGGUAACCCGCAGAUCAAUCUUAUCGACGCAGCAGCCCACUCCGGAGUGCGUCGUUUCGUCCCAGCGGAGUUCGAAGGACCACCAUCUCGUCGACCUCGAAAUGAUCCAUUAGAUCGUGGAAGAGCGGCGUGUCUAGAGCGAUUGCGCCAUUACAAGCACCACCACCGCUAUCCUAUGGCGUCAACUGUCUUCACUUGUGGAGUCUUUUACGAGAGGUUCGCUCGUGGCGGCUUAGGUGCCUUUAACAUCGGCGCAUCAUCAAAUGUCUUCUAUCAAGGUUCAUAUUUAAUGGACGUAGAGAAUGGGACGGCAGAAGUUGUUGAGCAGCAUAGUGACGGCCGUCCAGUAAAUGUUACCAUGACCUCAAUCAACGACGUCGCAAGAUUCGUCGUUGCAGCUUUGGAUCUCGACAUUGACACUUGGCAAGACGAGUUUAGCAUGUCAGGAGAUCGAAUUUCAGUAGCACAGAUUGUGCAAUGGGCAGAGUCUAUCAAAGGAGCAACAUUCUUCGCUGAAGUCAUAGCAGCUGGCGACUUGAACGCCCAUCUCGAGUAUGCGACCUUUCAAUCGGACUUUGCCAAGGUGGCUCGCAUGCACGAACUCAUUGCCACAGAGCAAAGGCGCUACGACUUUCGUUCACCAAACCUCAACGCUCUUGUCCCCAUUGUGCCAGAGACCUUCUGGGAUUGGCUGAGAACGCACUGGGGUUAGUAGCAUCAAUACUUAUCGAUGCUACAAUCAAUAUACGUCUACUGUAAUAGCAGUAUUGUGGGAAUAACGGGAACGAUCAAUCGUCUAGCGGAAGGAUUUUCUUUAGCUGGGAGGCUAUUUCUUGCUUGUGUUAUUGUCUUUUCUGUUUCUUGGACUUGUCCUUUUACUUUAGCAUAGCACUAUAUUCCCCUCACCACUUAGCAUUAGAUACGGCGGAGCAAGUCCAUUUCGCGUUCACUCAGCUCACUCAAUGAAAACACAUCUUCGGGCCGCUCAACCUCUUGAAAGCUCUGGUCGUUUAGCGAUGACCCCUAAACACCAGCAUUACCAAACUCAAGUGACAAUGAAGACACAUCAUCUCUACUCACCACGAGACAUACUAAGACAUUUUAUACAUCCUUCAUAUAUUAAUUCUUGGC